AUGGUAGACAUACUUCGUGCAAGUUGCGAUAUAUUGCAACACAAAAACUUGUCGAACCUAGAAUUGAAAAAGCUUUUCAGUUCUAUAUGUGAAACAAAACAUCUUCUAAAUUCUGGUGUUCUCCAAAAUCAAUUAGCUCGGAUUUUAUCGUAUGAUUAUUUCGAUAAAGACGGCUUUUUAUCCCAACAAACAAAUGAAAUGUCAAUUGAAAAAUUAGAAAAGAAAUACCGUUACGAUGUAUUACCUUACUGA